AUAUUCAAAGCAUGCAAUCUUGAGAUUAUCUUUUCAUCUCCUCUGCUCUUUCCCAUUAGGUUCUUGAAAGUGGAGGAAGCAGUUAGCCAAUCAACUCAAAGGAAUCAGGGGAAUUAGCUACUAUAUAUACCUUGCUAGUUCUUAACUAAUAAAGUCUAAUUGAAAAGAUCAUGGCUAGUGAAGAGUUAAAACAUAGACUGAAGGCGUUUUUGCUAACAGCAGUCUGGAUACUAUGCUGGGGAUUAUUCACCAUAAGUGAUGUUAGCAGUGCAGAAAGGCUUCUCAAGGACAAAGAGCCAACUUACAUUAAUGUGGAGAAUAAUGAAAUGAAACCACAAGGUUUUGCACUAAAGCUUGUGCAUUUCCUGUGGAAUGGGAGGUCCUCUUAUGAGCACGUCUGGCCGGAGAUGAAGUUUGGAUGGAGAGUAGUAGUUGGAUCCAUUGUGGGAUUUUUUGGUGCAGCCUUGGGAAGCGUCGGAGGGGUUGGAGGUGGUGGAAUCUUCGUUCCAAUGCUAACUCUUAUCAUCGGUUUCGACCCAAAAUCAUCCACAGCUAUUUCAAAAUGCAUGAUAAUGGGAGCAGCAGGAUCAACAGUGUACUACAACAUGAGGCUGAGGCACCCAUCACUAGACAUGCCCAUAAUAGACUAUGACUUGGCCUUGCUCUUACAACCUAUGCUCAUGCUUGGUAUUAGCAUUGGCGUCGCUUUCAAUGUCAUCUUUGCUGAUUGGAUGGUCACUGUCCUGCUUAUCAUCCUUUUUGUUGGUACCUCGUCAAAGGCACUGUUCAAAGGAAUCGAGACAUGGAAGAAGGAAACAAUAAUGAAAAAGGAAGCUGCCAAGCUGCAGUUGGGGUCAGAGUCCAAGCCAGAGUCUGAAGGGGAAUACAGGCCACUUCCUACUGGUCCAUUAGCUAAUGUAGAUGACACUGUUCCCAUGAUUCGCAAUGUUUACUGGAAAGAAUUGGGACUUCUAAUGUUUGUUUGGGUGGGUUUCCUUGCAAUUCAAAUUGUAAAGACCUACACCGUGACUUGCUCCAUCGAGUACUGGAUUUUAAACUUCUUGCAGGUACCUGUAGCUGUUUCGGUUUCAUUAUAUGAAGCAGUAUGUCUGUACAAGGGGACAAGGGUGAUAGCAUCAAAAGGAAAGGAGAUAACAAGCUGGAAGCCACAUCUACUCUUGUUUUACUGUUGUUGUGCGAUAGUUGCUGGUAUUGUUGGCGGUUUGCUUGGUCUUGGAGGUGGCUUCAUCUUAGGUCCUCUCUUCCUUGAACUUGGAAUUCCUCCCCAGGUAGCAAGUGCGACAUCAACCUUUUCAAUGACAUUCUCAUCCUCCAUGUCAGUUGUGCAAUAUUACCUUUUGAAGCGUUUCCCAGUCCCAUAUGCUACUUAUUUCGUUUCUGUGGCAACAAUUGCUGCACUAGUCGGUCAACACGUAGUAAGAAGAGUAAUUGCUUUUCUUGGAAGGGCUUCUAUAAUCAUAUUCAUACUGGCCAUGACAAUAUUUACCAGUGCAAUCAGCUUAGGUGGUGUGGGGAUAGCAAAUAUGAUCGAGAAGCUGGAGAACAACGAUUAUAUGGGAUUUGAUAACCUCUGUUACCGCUCCUAGAUAUGCAUAUUUGCUUUGGCUUCAAGACAAGGCAGGCUGUGGGAGUUCUCUCAAACUGGAGUGGAUGGGGUUUAAGGAUAUGACUACUUCCACAUUGUAAUAAGUUACAUUUUCUAUUUAUUUUCAAAAAGAAAUCAUAACUUGGUUCCAUCUCAAUCUUAUUUCUGUCCACAUUUCUUCUACUUCGACUGUUUUGAUACUUAUGCAGUAGACUACAUCAAUGUUUCCUUUCACUUACAACAAAAGGUUUUUCGGAGUCGUAUUCUUGUGAUAUCCCUAA